AUGUCUGCGGAAACUUUCGAGUUCCAGGCCGAGAUCUCGCAGCUGCUCGGCCUCAUCAUCAACACAGUCUACUCCAACAAAGAGAUCUUCCUGCGAGAACUCAUCUCCAACGCCUCCGAUGCGCUAGACAAGAUCCGAUAUGAGGCCCUGUCAGACCCGAGCAAGCUCGACAGCGGCAAGGACCUCCGCGUCGACAUCAUCCCUGACAAGGAGAACAAGACCCUGACCAUCAAGGACACGGGUAUUGGUAUGACCAAGGCCGACCUCAUCAACAACCUGGGUACCAUUGCCCGCUCUGGCACAAAGCAGUUCAUGGAGGCGCUGACCGCCGGUGCCGACAUUUCCAUGAUUGGCCAGUUUGGUGUUGGUUUCUACUCUGCUUACCUCGUUGCCGACCGCGUCACCGUCGUCUCAAAGAACAACGACGAUGAGCAGUACAUCUGGGAGUCCAGCGCUGGUGGUACCUUCAAGAUCACUGAGGACACCGAGGGUGAGCAGAUAGGCCGCGGGACCAAGAUCAUUCUCCACCUCAAGGAUGAGCAGAUGGACUACUUGAACGAGAGCAAGAUCAAAGAGGUUGUCAAGAAGCACUCCGAGUUCAUCUCAUACCCCAUCUACCUCCACGUCAUCAAGGAGACCGAGACAGAGGUCGAUGAUGACGAGGCCGAGACCACCGAGGAGGGCGACGAGAAGAAGCCCAAGGUCGAGGAGGUCGACGACGAGGAAGAGGAGAAGAAGAAGAAGACCAAGACUGUCAAGGAGUCCAAGGUCGAGGAGGAGGAGCUGAACAAGACCAAGCCCAUCUGGACUCGCAACCCCCAGGACAUCACCACAGAAGAGUACGGUUCCUUCUACAAGUCGCUGUCCAACGACUGGGAGGACCACCUCGGCGUCAAGCACUUCUCCGUUGAGGGUCAGCUCGAGUUCCGAGCCAUCCUCUUCGUUCCCAAGCGCGCGCCCUUCGAUCUCUUCGAGACCAAGAAGACCAAGAACAACAUCAAGCUCUACGUUCGCCGUGUCUUCAUCACCGACGAUGCUACUGACCUCAUUCCUGAGUGGCUCAGCUUUGUCAAGGGUGUUGUCGACUCUGAGGAUCUUCCCCUCAACCUGUCCCGUGAAACCCUCCAGCAGAACAAGAUCAUGAAGGUCAUCCGCAAGAACAUUGUCAAGAAGACUCUCGAGCUCUUCAACGAGAUUGCAGAGGACCGCGAGCAGUUCGACAAGUUCUACAGUGCUUUCGGCAAGAACAUCAAGCUUGGUAUCCACGAGGACUCCCAGAACCGCUCAUCUCUCGCCAAGCUCCUGCGAUUCAACUCGACCAAGUCUGGUGAUGAGUUGACCUCGCUCACUGACUAUGUCACCCGUAUGCCCGAGCACCAGAAGCAAAUGUACUACAUCACCGGCGAGUCGCUCAAGGCUGUGCAGAAGUCACCUUUCCUUGACACCCUCAAGGACAAGGGUUUCGAGGUUCUCUUCCUUGUCGACCCCAUCGAUGAGUACGCCAUGACUCAGCUCAAGGAGUUCGAUGGCAAGAAGCUCGUCGACAUCACCAAGGACUUCGAGCUCGAGGAGACCGAUGAGGAGAAGACACAGCGCGAGGCAGAGGAGAAGGAGUACGAGGGUCUCGCCAAGAGCCUCAAGAACGUUCUCGGCGACAAGGUCGAGAAGGUCGUCGUGUCUCACAAGCUUGUCGGCUCUCCCUGCGCUAUCCGUACUGGCCAAUUCGGUUGGUCAGCCAACAUGGAGCGUAUCAUGAAGGCUCAGGCUCUUCGUGACACCUCCAUGAGCUCCUACAUGUCUUCCAAGAAGACCUUCGAGAUCUCGCCCAAGUCAUCGAUCAUCAAGGAGCUCAAGCGCAAGGUUGAGGCUGAUGGUGAGGAGGACCGUACCGUCAAGUCCAUCACCCUGCUUCUCUUCGAAACCUCGCUCCUUGUCUCUGGCUUCACCAUUGAGGAGCCUGUUCAGUACGCUGAGCGCAUUCACAAGCUCGUCUCCCUCGGCCUGAACGUCGAUGAGGAUGUCGAGACCUCGACUGAGGAGGAGGCCAAGGCUGAUGCUGAGGCUCCUGCGGCGGCUAGCGAGAGCGCCAUGGAGGAGGUUGACUAA